GAACUACGCUCCUCUUUUUCGCAAUAUUCCUUGAUUCAGUUAAGCAAAGACUGAGCCUUAGAGGGAGACUCCGCGGCUCCAGCUCAGCUGCAGGAGCCAUGGCCUUGCUCUAGGACAGAGUCCAAGUAUAAAAGAAGGUUAUAUGCCCGUACCAGAUCAGUAUCAGCACUCUUUUGUCAUUACAUAGCAUACUCUCACCAUGUUUGCCAAAUCCCUUCUCUCUUCUGCCCUUGUGGGCGCUCUCCUUACCAGUGUCGUCUCUGGUGCUUCCAUUGCCCGUCUCGACGCUGCCCCCGAGGACAAGGCCCGUGGCCGCCGUGAUGCCGCGCCUGAGGAGAAGGCUCGCGGUCGUCGCGACGCUGCUCCAGAAGAAAAGGCCCGUGAUGUCGUCUUUGCCCCUACCCAUCCUCUUCAUGAAGACUAUCUCUUCAACUCUAAGCAGAGCCUUGAUCUGACCACUGAGGACAACUUCUACUGGUCCCACGAAGACCAAGGCCUCCUUGCCAAUGUCACUGUCACGGCACUUCCUCAGUACCGUCUUCUGAAUGAGCAUCUCUUUGCUGACCUCGUCAAGUCCGUAGACUGCUCCAACCCCAAGAAUGUCGUCAUCACAUUCAACUCCCCCUCCUCCGUUGACAAGGCCGAGGCUGCUUGGUCGUGGGUCAAGCAGGAUGCUGCCAACACUCUCAUCUUCCUCACAGAUGCUGUUGGCUGCGGUGGCGUCGAGGGCCGCACGCCCUACCACGUCAACAGUGUUGCGUACAAUGGCAAUGCUGCCACUCUUUCUGUCGUUGCUACCGACAACUGGAACGACUUUGUCGAGGACGCUGAUGUGCACAUCACCGGCUCCGAGCUUAUCCGCAAGCGCGAGAGCGUCACCAAGAAGGUCAAGCUCAGCCUGGAGCAUACAUACAACAAGGUCUUUUACCAAACCGACGUUGGCCCUGCCCAUCUCGUUGUUGAGUGCAAGGACUGCGGCAGCCACGGUAGUCUGGACACCGACAUCACCAUCUCCACCAAGUCUGGCUUCUCCGCUUCGGCUCUCACCACGGACGGCGUGUACUUCCAGCUUGCUAUUGGCGUGACCGUCUCGGCAGCCAUCAAGACCUCGCUCCUUACUGACUCUAUUGUCAUUGAGAAGUUCUCUCUUGGCAAGUUCAAGAUUGGCGGCAUUGUCAAGCUCGAGCCUGAAAUCACUCUUCAGGGUCAGCUUACUGUCAGUGACAUCUCUGGCAGCGUUGGCACCGUCUUUGGAGCCAAGCUUGUUGUUCCUGAUGGCCAGACUGUAGCCUUUGGCAAGGGCAUCACCGCCUUCAACCCCACGUUCCAGCGCAUCAACCCUACGGUCAGCGCCCAGGUUAGCCUCACUGCUCGUGUGAACCCUCUCUUGACGCUUGACAUUUCUGGUGAUAUCCUGGGCAAGGAUGUUACCGGUGGUCUGGCUCUUGCUGCGCCUUACCUUGAUCUCAAGGCUGGUGCCGACGUCAACGCUCCUAACACUUGCGACAACGGAACCUCUUCUCUGCACUACGAGGUCGAUGUUGGCAUUGAGCUCGAUUCUUUCUACGGCUUUGGUAAGCCCGGAGAUCUUCCUCACAAGAACCCCAUCUAUCAGAGAUCCGAGCCUCUUCUCAAGGACUGCAUUGCCAUUACCCACUAGAUGGUCCUGAACAUGUUGUGUUGGGAACGGAGGACGGCAUAUGAUAGGUAACGUGGUUUAGUUUGUAUAUACGGCUUAUUGAAAAGCGUUCUAUAUACAUAAAUAUGACAUAUUUUGUAUAC